ACCUCCAUUAGAGGAGCUUAAACCCUCUUAAAUGGAGCUAAGAAAGAAAGAAGAAAAAGUUCAGAAUAAAGCCAAAAGGGUACGUAUGAUCAGAGACGGUUUUUCUGUCACCCAAGGAAGAUGCGGACAACAAACGUAGCCCCCGGUUAUUCUUCUUCCUUUCCCCUGGCUGAUAUGUACGAAGCAGCCCCAUCUUCGGUCACGGGUGGCGCACCGGUGUCCGAAGAAAUGUACGUGUCUACCUUUCUCGACCAGUUCUUGCACCACAGCUCGUUCUCUUCUUCGAAGACCAAGUACGGGCAUUUACACCAUUUACCGAUACUACCACAACCACCGGAGGCGACGUCGGCCUCCGGAGUAUUUUUCUCCGGGGAGAAUUGUCGGGGGUGCAUCCGAUCGGCUAACCGGGACGAGUCGGAGUCGGAGAGCCGAGUCCGAGACCGAAACUCGGGUGCCGCUGUUGAUUCUUCGUACGGCGUCAAUAUCUCCAAUCCCGGCGGUUAUUUCAUUGCCGACGCGAAAGUGAGCGAUGAAAAGACGUUUUCUUCGGCUGGCGUUGUGGAUUCUAAUGCGAAGGAAAGGAGAGUUUCGUUUGAGAAUUAUCUCGGCGAGUUGAGUUGUGAUAGCGAGGUUGCGGGCGGAUCAGAAGUAAAAGCCAAGCCAGUCCCACUUCGUUCUUCAUCGAAGAGGAGUAGAGCUGCUGAAGUCCAUAAUUUAUCAGAAAAGGUUGGCCCACAAUCUUACAUUCUUUUUGUGCGUAGAAAUGCGUUAAUUUACAAUCUUCCAUGCGGAACUAUGAUUUCUGUGUUUGUGUUAAUUUCAUUGAUUGGUCGGCAGAGGAGGAGGAGUAAGAUUAAUGAGAAAAUGAAAGCCUUACAGAACCUAAUUCCAAAUUCUAAUAAGACUGAUAAGGCUUCAAUGCUGGAUGAAGCGAUCGAUUAUUUGAAGCAGCUUCAGCUUCAGGUACAGAUGCUAUCGAUGAGAAACGGAUUGAGUUUGCACACGAUGUGCUUACCAGGAGUACAGCAGCCUGCACAGUUGCCUCGGACGGGAAUCAGCUUUGGUGAAGGAAAUGGAUAUCUGAAUUCAAGCAGUGGAAUGGGAACAUUUCCUGGGAAUGAAGAAAGCUGGAGGCAACCUGUUUACAAUCUUGGCAACCGAUGCACCCUCCCCAGUCAGCCAUAUGUUAUAUCUUCAGGGACAAACGCCACCACUUUAGAAACCUCAUUAGGUUUUGAAGAAUCAUCCCAGGCACACUGUGAAACACUAAAUCUUUCAUAUUCCAAGGAAAUUGAUGAUGAUGGAACACUACAGCUAGAAUCAGAUACCAGUGAGAUUGAAAAGAUCUCUGCAUCAAACAUGUCUUAACCAUGAACUGUCCACAAAGAGGUAGGAUGUAAGAAAUUGCUGCAUCCAUCUCAAACAACUCCAAUUGAAUUAAUUAUGGGAAUAUACUGUAGGUAUCAUGGUUUUUGUAUCCAUGGGCUAUAACUGUUUCUGCACUAUAUUAUAUUUACUUUGGUUUUGUCAUAUAUAUUUGUCUCAAUGUAAUUCCUCUAUACGCCUACAAUGGAUACGUGUAAUAGAAUAGAGGUGAAUAAAAAAGACAUAUUGGCUUGA